AUGAAUCUUAUUGCUGACUACCAGUGGAGGUGGAGGUGUUCGACCAGUGGAGGUGUUCGACCCCUUGUCAAGCUGCUAACCUAUCCUGAUUCAAAGAUUAGGGAGCAUGCUGUGACAACAAUAUUGAACUUGUCUAUUGAUGAAUCAAACAAGAAGCUGAUCUCCAAAGAAGAACCAAUCCCAACUAUCAUAGACACUGUAGAAAAUAGAACUGUUGGUGGAAAGGAGAACUCAGCAGCAGCAUUGUUCAGCUUAUCAAUGCUGAAUGACAACAAAGUGAAGAUAGGGGAGUUGAAUGGCAUCCCACCAUUGAUACUACUACUAAAAGGCGGGACGAUUUGUGGGGAAAAAGAUGCAAUCACUGCAUUGUUCAUUCUCUACCUGAACCACACUAACAAGUCAAUAGCAAUUGAAGCUCCACCAUUGAUCAACCUACUUGAGGACAAAAAUUUGGACAUGGUUGAUGAAAUAUUGUCCAUCAUUUUGCUUCUUGCAUUGAGCCAGGGUGGGAGGCAACAACUUGGGCAGCUUUCAUUCAGUGAAACACUUGUGAAUUUGAUUAAACAUUGGACAUCAAAAAACAAAGAAUGUUCAACUGCUGUCCUACUGGAGCUUUGUUCCAAGAAUUCAAACCUCAUUUUAGCGGCACUUCAGUAUAGUGUGUAUAAACCUCUGGCAGACAUAAGUUAUUAUGCAUUUGAUAAGUUAGAAUAG